UAUCGUGUCGGGGAGAAAAGUUUUUGUUCGUAGAAAAAGUCGGAUUUUCCCGUAAAACCGUGAUCCAUUUGUGGCCGAUGUGUGCUCUCCCGUAGGAGUAGAGUGUUGUGCGUGUUUAAAUGUUACCGAAAGCUGCCAAAAUGCCAGCGAUUCGUGAUAGUCAUGUAGUGAAAAUUGCGGUCCAAUUUGAGACGGGAAUCGCCCAGCUCAUUGAGUUUGACCAGAGGCAACCGCUCACUGCGAUCAUCCAGAACUUGUGUCCAUACUGGGCUAUCCAAGAUCCAGGUUGCUACGCGCUAAGGUUCACUGAUGUGAACAAUUACUACGUAACGGAGAAAAAUCGUCACGAGGUGAAGAACGGAUCGGUACUGAUUAUGGUUCAUUCACCGUCGAAGAUGGCCAGCGAUAUCCUGGAAAAGCUGAAAGGCGGAAAAGUGGACGAGAUGUUGAAGGUACUGACGGAGCUUCCGGCACUGAGUGCGGAUGUUACGUUCGCACUGGAGUUUAUCAAAGAAAAAGGAUUGGACGAAAUUGUACGCAUUAUAGAAGAACCUAAAUUUGGUGAAAAUAUUCUCAAAUAUGCUCUGUCAGCUUUCGUUAAGCUGAUGGACCACGGAACCGUUUCUUGGGACGUUUUGCAAUUAUCUUUCAUACUGAGAAACAUCGCGUUUAUCAAUGGAAAUAGCAAUAAAGAAGUUAUUCAAUCGGCGUUGGCAAUUUUGGAAAAUAUUGUUCAAAACAGUAGUAAUUUCUCGCUGGUGGAGAAGGAUGUUACGCUGGAAGUGCUUUUGAAAUUGCUUCAAGAUUCGCCGUCAACGGUGAUACAGCAGAAUACCAUUGCCCUCAUAAAUGCACUGUUUAUAAAGGCUGAUGACGGCAAAAGGAAGAUUAUUGCAGCAACCUUUAGUUCGAAACAGUAUCGGAGUGUCAUCAAUAGCGUUAUCACGGCGAAUAUGGGCGCGGAAAUUGCCCAUCAAUUGUACGUUUUGCAAACGCUGACGCUGGGAUUGCUAGAACAGCGCAUGAAGACUCCGAUCGACGUUCAGGAUCAGGAUGCCCAAGAAAAGAUCAAGGAACUUCGCAGAAUUGCCUUUGAGGCAGAUGGUAUAGAUCCUAUUCCGGAUGUAACGGCCCGCCGUCAGCAUGGUGGGUCGUACUCAAUCCACUACAAGAAACUUGGGUUCAAAUGCGACAUUAAUCCGGCGCAGGAUUUUUUGGAAAUCCCCCCUGGUGUUCUAGCCCUGGACUGCAUGGUUUAUUUUGCUCGCAAUUAUACCCAAAAUUACACCAAAGUAGUGCACGAAAACAGCUGCAGAGCGGACGAGCAUGAGUGCCCCUUCGGGCGGACAAGCAUCGAACUGGUCAAGGUUCUUUGUGACAUUCUUCAUAUCGGCGAAUCUCCAUCGGAACAAGGACAAGAGUUCCAUCCAAUGUUCUUCACCCACGAUCACCCGUUUGAGGAAUUCUUCUGCAUUUGUAUCGUUGUCCUGAACAGAACCUGGAAGGACAUGCGUGCCACCACGGAAGACUUUGUCAAAGUCUUCAGUGUCGUUCGAGAACAAAUCACCCGCAGUAUUACGGGGCGCCCUGCAUCCCUGGAAGAUUUUAAAGCCAAAAUUCAUACUUUCACUUACAAUACCAUCACCACGCUUCGUCAGCAAGAACGAACUUCCCGCGAGGAGUGUGAAUCUACGGCGUCGGCCAUCGUCUCUCUAAAGGAGAAAAUCACACCGGAAAUCAUGUCGCUCAUCAAGGAACAACGGCUCGGCUACCUGGUGGUUGGAACUCGCUUCUCCAAGUACACCGGAGGCAAGCGGGAACGGGACAAGUACUGGUACGCUCGUCUGUCGCCGAAUCACAAGGUCAUUCACUACGGCGAUUGUGACGAAAAGACGGUACCGACCCUGGAAGAACUCAACAACAAACUUCCGGUCAUCGACAUCCGCCAGAUGCUUGUGGGAAAGGAGUGCCCCCACAUGAAGGAAAUGCGUGCGAAAAAGUCCACCUUCCCGCUAGGAUUUUCGCUCGUCACCGAGUCCAGCGACCAGCAAACGUUGGACUUUGUCGCUCCGGAUGAGGCCACAUUCAACUAUUGGACCGACGGUAUCAACGCUCUUCUAGGGCAACCGAUGCUCAGCAAGCAGAAGGAUGACGAUUUCGAAACGUUGCUAUCGAUGGAAAUCAAACUGCGACUGUUGGAUACCGAAGGGGUAGACAUCAGCAAGGACCCACCGCCGAUCCCGUCAGAGCCGGAAAACUACGACUUUUGCUUCGACAGUUAAGGUAAUUGUGUAUGUGCUCGAUCUAUAUGAUACGAUUUUAUUUAUGCUUUACUGUCUGGAUCUGGAACCAAAGUUUUUUUUUUAUAUAAAUUGAUAUACUUUUACGAGAAGUUAAAGAAAAUUCAUUCCGAUGGGGGAAACUAUCAUUAGAAACGAUGGCCGGCUUAUGAUAAUCGUAAAUAUUAGCAGGGCAAAAAUAGGUAAUUAUUCUUGUAAUCUUAACGAAUGGAAGCAGGGAUGCAUUUUGUGUAUUUGAGCUUAUGUAAUUUCAGUAACCAAGACGGUUAGACGGAAACUCGCAAUUUUAGCACAAUAUCCUUGCGCUUAAGCAUUUAUUUUUUAUGCGCAAUUGUGUGUUGAAUUUUAAACGUAGAUAACACUAUGCGUCACAUGAACGAACAGUUCAUGUUUAAAAGAAGGGGAAAUACCGUAAAAAUGAUUAUGUUUUGUUCUUUUGAUCAUGAGCUGUUCUAUCAUAUUUUAUUUAAAUGCAGACCGCGCGAAUAUAUAAAAUGGAAGUUGCCCGGCGCACUUCGCUAUAUACACACUCAGAAAUUAUUACCGACUUCGGCAAUAAUGUUACCGAACUUAAAACACCUGAACGUUCGGUAAAACUUUGACCCUCAUUUCAAAAGCUGUUUCACUUAAUUCCAAUUUCAAAACACUGUCCAUGUAGAAAUUGUUCGAUUCGUUCAAUCGUUACAAUAUCCGCUCAUGUGCGCGUCAUUGACGUUUAUAUAA